AAAUUGAUAUUAUAGAGGAAUACACAUCUCUAACAUUUUCUCAAACAAAAAGAUUUUUAACUUCAUUUAAUAAAAACGCAAUAACUUCUCGGCGACGACAAUGGGAGCUGUUUUAGGCCUAUGUUCGGCCGCUCAGUGCGCCAUGUGCUGCGGAGGCACUGCAGCCAGCAUGUGUUGCUCCGCCUGCCCCAGCUGCACCAACGCCUCCUCCUCGCGCUUCAUGUACGCCUUCAUCCUGCUGGUAGGCACUGUUCUGGGGGCGAUUGCCCUAUCUCCGGGUCUGCAGGACACCCUGAAGAAGAUGCCCUUCUGCAUCAACUCCACUUCCUCGUACAGCUCCGGGGCUCUGAGCGCCGUUUCCGGAGGCUCUCUGCAAGUCGACUGCGAGUACGCUCUGGGCUAUAUGGCUGUCUACAGGAUUUGCUUUGGCAUGGCCUGCUUCUUCGCCCUAAUGUCCCUCAUUAUGCUGGGUGUGAAAAGCUCUAGAGAUCCGCGAUCCCACAUCCAGAACAACUUUUGGCCACUGAAAUUCCUAAUGUGUUUUGGCGCUGCGAUUGGAGCCAUCUUCAUUCCCGAUGGAUCUUUUGGCCCGGCAAUGAUGUGGGUGGGUCUAAUAGGUGGCCUGGCCUUCAUACUCGUGCAGCUGGUCAUCAUUGUGGAUUUCGCUCACUCGCUGGCGGAGAACUGGAUAGAGAGCGCUGAAAACAGUCGUGGGUACUAUUACGCCCUGGCUGGGGUUACUCUUUUGGGCUAUAUCUUAUCGCUGACUGGGAUUACCUUGCUUUAUAUCUACUUUACCACUAGCACUGGCUGCGGCAUCAACAAGUUCUUUAUCUCCAUCAAUCUCAUUUUCUGUUUGGUGAUCAGCGUCAUUUCGGUUCUGCCGGCUGUGCAGGAGCGUUUGCCCCAUUCGGGUUUGUUGCAGAGCUCUUUGGUUACCUUAUACACGGUUUAUCUGACCUGGUCCGCAGUGGCCAACAAUCCGGAAAAAGAAUGCAAUCCUGGAAUGUUUGGCAUGAUGGAGGGAUUCGGCAAUGCGACCACCACUGUGGCUCCACCCACCCACACCACCAGGGUUACUUUUGACACCACCAACAUCAUCGGUCUUGUGGUUUGGCUUCUGUGCAUCCUGUACAAUUGCAUUAGUUCGGCGGUGGAGGUCUCGAAGAUCACCCAAGAUAAUAGCGAGAAGCGUGUUUUAACAGAAGCUCUAUCAGACACAGAGGCCGGCACGGAUGCCAAUGGAAAGCCGAGCACGGACACCGAGACCGAGGGCGUCACCUAUUCCUGGUCCAUGUUCCACGUGGUCUUCGUCUGCGCCUCGCUGUACGUUAUGAUGACCCUGACCAACUGGUACAAACCUCAUUCCGAAAUCGAGCUCUUCAACGGCAACGAAGCUUCCAUGUGGGUCAAGAUCGUCUCCAGCUGGCUGGGUGUCUUCAUCUAUGGCUGGAGCCUUGCUGCGCCCAUUAUACUUACCAAUCGCGACUUUAGUUAAGCGGUUUAAUUAAUUAGUGUAUUAUUGUCUAGGAAUGGUGCUUAACCGAGCAAAACGAGAAUGCCAAAAUGGAACGACGAGAAAUUAGUUUCUGAAACGGAGGAAGAUUAAUCAUACAUAAUUUUGACUCUUAUUGUGGUGUCUACUCAUUGAUCUUAUUCUCAAAUUGCAACAGUUAUCAAUAUAUAAAUAUAAAAAAUAA